AUGGGGGAGCCCCCAACACUGCUGCGCGGCUGGGAGGCCGGGCUAGACGACAAACCCCUGCCCAGCAGGGGAGGGCUGUGCCUCCUACCCCACCCACGCCGCACUCGGGAUAGGGCCGAGGAGGGGGACGACCCGGUGGCUGAGUGUGGGAGGGAGGAAGGCGAGGACUACACCGGGCCGGGGCACAGAGCGAGCCCGGCAGCCCGCCACUCCCCCCACCGUCUCGCCCCCGGCCGUCGGGUGGGGGCCAACACCGCCCCUGCGCGGAGGCCGGCGGCGCGCGGGGCGGGGAGCGGCGGGCGGAGGGCCCCGUGGAACCCGCCCCCUCCCGCGCGGCGGCUGUGGCGGCUGCGGCGCCGGGAGCUGCCCCCGAGGCCGCCGCCCGGUCCCCCGCCCGCGCGUCAGCGCGCCCAGUCAGGGGCGCUGAGCUCCGCCCGCGCCGGAGGCCCCAGCGCGCAGCUCCCGGAGCCGGCAGCCGGGCCGGCCGAGGCGGCGCGCCAGUGGGACGCGGGCGGCCGCGGCGAGCGGCGCUGCCCCGGCCGGGCACGCACGGCGGGCGCCCUGCGAGCCGCCCCGAUGUGGCAGGAGGCGAUGCGGCGCCGCCGCUACCUGCGGGACCGCGCCGAGGAGGCGGCGGGCGGCGGAGACGGGCUGCCGCGGUCCCGGGACUGGCUUUACGAGUCCUACUACUGCAUGAGCCAGCAGCACCCGCUCAUCGUCUUCCUGUUGCUCAUCGUCAUGGGCGCCUGCCUCGCCCUGCUCGCCGUCUUCUUCGCGCUCGGGCUGGAAGUUGAAGACCAUGUGGCAUUUUUAAUAACAGUUCCAACUGCCCUGGCAAUUUUCUUUGCAAUAUUUAUCCUGGUCUGCAUUGAGUCUGUGUUUAAGAAGCUGCUGCGCCUCUUCUCGUUGGUGAUAUGGAUAUGCCUUGUUGCCAUGGGAUACCUCUUCAUGUGUUUCGGAGGCACUGUCUCUCCCUGGGACCAGGUAUCGUUCUUCCUCUUCAUCAUCUUCGUGGUGUACACUAUGCUGCCCUUCAACAUGCGAGAUGCCAUCAUUGCCAGUGUCCUCACCUCCUCCUCCCACACCAUCGUGCUUAGCGUCUGCCUGUCUGCGACGCCGGGGACCAAGGAGCACCUGGUCUGGCAGAUCCUGGCCAAUGUGAUCAUUUUCAUCUGUGGGAACCUGGCGGGAGCCUACCAUAAGCACCUCAUGGAGCUUGCUCUUCAGCAAACAUAUCAGGACACAUGUAAUUGUAUCAAGUCCCGGAUCAAGUUGGAAUUUGAAAAACGUCAACAG